AUGGGAAUAAAAUUCCUCGAGUUUGUGAAGCCGUUUUGCGGCUUUGUGCCGGAGGUGUCGAAGCCGGAAAGGAAGAUCCAGUUCCGUGAGAAAAUGCUAUGGACUGCUAUCACACUUUUUGUGUUCCUCGUCUGCUGCCAGAUUCCACUUUUUGGUAUCAUGUCGACCGACUCUGCUGAUCCCUUCUAUUGGCUGCGAGUUAUUUUGGCGUCUAAUCGAGGUACAUUGAUGGAACUGGGAAUUUCACCCAUCGUAACAUCCGGUUUGAUUAUGCAAUUGCUGGCUGGUGCGAAGAUCAUCGAGGUUGGAGAUACACCGAAAGAUCGGGCUCUUUUCAACGGAGCGCAAAAAUUGUUCGGUAUGGUGAUCACCGUUGGACAAGCUAUUGUCUACGUGAUGUCCGGCCUCUACGGAGAUCCAGCUGAAAUUGGCGCUGGAAUUUGCUUGCUUAUUGUUGUGCAGCUAGUUAUCGCUGGGCUUAUCGUGCUUCUACUAGAUGAAUUGUUACAGCAGAAAGUUUAUGGCCUUGGUCUGGAAUUCUCUUUUCAUCGCUCACCUAACAUUUUGACCAUUGUGUGGAAGGCAUUCUCGCCCGCAACUAUGAACACAGGUCGAGGAACGGAAUUCGAAGGUGCCGUCAUCGCAUUGUUCCAUCUGUUGGCUACUCGCACUGACAAGGUUCGAGCUCUCCGCGAAGCUUUCUAUCGUAACAACUUACCAAAUCUGAUGAAUCUGAUGGCUACCUUCGUCGUUUUCGGGCUUCCGUGUCGAUCUCCCAAUCAAAUCUGCUCGGUAUCGUGGGCAGUACAGCAGCUAUCCCAUCAAGCUUUUCUACACACCUCGAACAUCCCGAUUAUUCUCCAAUCCGCUCUUGUCUCUAACCUUUACAUGCUCGCAGCUAAGUUUGGAGGAAACUUCCUUGUGAACCUCCUCGGAACAUGGUCAGAUGCUUCUGGAAGCUACCGUAGUUACCCAACUGGAGGUAUCUGCUACUAUCUCUCUCCACCUGAUACACUCUCUCAUGUGCUUGAGGAUCCAAUCCAUUGCAUUGUCUACAUAGUGUUUAUGCUUGGAUCGUGUGCAUUCUUCUCAAAGACAUGGAUCGACGUGUCCGGUUCUUCCGCGAAGGACGUAGCUAAACAACUGAAGGAACAGCAGAUGGUGAUGCGUGGUCACCGAGAGAAGUCGAUGAUCCACGAGCUCAACCGGUACAUCCCAACGGCAGCCGCCUUCGGUGGCCUGUGUAUUGGAGCCCUCUCAGUAACUGCAGAUUUCAUGGGAGCGAUAGGAAGUGGAACUGGUAUUCUUCUCGCUGUCACGAUUAUCUAUCAAUAUUUCGAGAUCUUUGUCAAAGAGCAACAAGAAAUGGGAGGCAUGGCUGCCAUGUUCUUC